AUGUCUUACAUGCUGUCACACUUGGAAAAUGGAUUUCAAGUCGAUCAAGCUAUUUUGUCGGAAGAAGACAGAGUAGUGGUUAUUCGCUUUGGUCAUGAUUGGGAUCCAAUGUGUAUGAAAAUGGAUGAAGUUCUCUAUAAUAUUGCAGAAAAAGUUAAAAAUUUCGCUGUUAUCUAUUUGGUUGAUAUCACAAAAGUACCAGAUUUUAAUAAAAUGUAUGAAUUAUAUGACCCAUGCACAGUGAUGUUCUUCUUCAGAAACAAGCACAUAAUGAUUGAUUUAGGCACAGGGAACAAUAAUAAAAUUAAUUGGACUUUGGAGGACAAGCAGGAAAUGAUUGACAUCAUCGAGACAGUUUAUAGAGGUGCGAGAAAAGGUCGAGGUUUAGUUGUAUCACCUAAAGAUUAUUCAACCAAGUACAGAUAUUAAUUUAUAUAGAAAAUAUAUCGGACUUUAAUAUUAAAAAAAUAUUAAUGCUAUACUUCUGUUUUACAUUAAAACCUGGUAAGUUGAAUGAAUCCAAUGAAUUCAAUUAAGUAAAUUAUAUUCAAUUCUAAUUAAUAGUCUUAAUAAAUAUAAAAAUUGAUAAAUGCA